AUGUCCACAUACUUACCAGGCAAGAUGUUCCGAACCUCUACGCUUCUUCCGCUUAUGAUCGCCAUCUCCCUACUACAUAGCUGCCAAGGUCACGCAAGGACUUUCACUAGAUGCCAGUUGUCCAGGGAAUUACUAAGAUACAACUUCCCCAGAAGUCUCAUACCUAAUUGGGUUUGUUUAAUUGAACACACCAGCGGUAGAACUACAGACAAGGUGACCAACCACAGCAACUCAUAUGCCAGCUAUGGACUAUUUCAGGUCAACAAUAAAGAUUGGUGCAAAAAAGGGAGAAAAGGAGGGCACUGCAGUAUGAAAUGUGAAGAUCUCCUAAAUGAAGAUUUGGCAGAUGAUGUGAGGUGUGCCAAACGUAUUUACGACAGAGUAGGCUUCAAGGCCUGGCCCUCAUCAUACUCCUACUGCAAAGAAAAGAGCCUACCGGAUCUCUCGAGAUGCUAA